AUGGACCAAGACACGAGACCACUAGCCUCUCUCUCCCUGACGCACGUCUACUAUGACCCUGACGAUUCCCUUUCCUUACUCUGCGCAUGGCUGGCGCUGCUCCCGCAAGCCCUCUGCAUCGUCUAUGCGACUCUGAUCUGGUCCACCCGCGAGGUUGAGAUCGCCCUCAUGUUCGCCGGCCAGCUGGGCUGCGAGGCAAUCAAUUUCGCCCUCAAGCGUCUGAUCAAGGAGGAGCGUCCCCGCCGCAUCCACGGAAAGGGUUACGGCAUGCCUAGCUCCCACGCACAGUUCGUCGCCUACUGGUCCAUCUUCCUCGCCCUGUUCUUGCUGGUCAGGCACCGUCCUUCGUCCGCGCGACGGCACCACCGACCGUACUCGCUCGUUGAGCGCAUCGUCGUGAGCAUUGCUGCGCUGGGAAUCGCCGCUGCCGUGGCGUGGAGCCGGAUAUACCUCAACUACCAUACCGAGAAGCAGGUGUUAGUGGGGUUUUUGGCCGGGACGGUCUGUGCUAUUGGCUGGUUCUUGGUCACUGCUAUUGCGAGAGACUUUGGGCUCUUGACCUGGAGUUUGCAGACACCCGUUGCGCGGCUGUUCAGGUUUCGGGAUCUCGUGGUGGAAGAAGACCCAUGCCAAGCUGGCUGGGAUAAGUGGGAGGAGAGGCGAGUGGAGGCAGACCAGCAUAAGACCAAAUGA